AUGCUCUCGCGGUACGGAGUCAUCUCGUGGCUUGCCCUCUCGACGUUGGCCGCCGCCAACCCCCCAGCACCACCGCCGGCCGAACAACAGCAGUGUGAGCCCAAGACGGAGACCGUCGUCCACACAGAGACCGUUCAUGUCCCUACGACGGUACACGAGACGAUCCACGUCACGGUGCCGGGAGAACCGAAGACGGUUCAUGUUACGGUGCCCGGAGAGAAAGAAACCGUCCAUGUUACGGUGCCGGGCGAGAAGGAGACCGUUCAUGUGACGGUACCAACAACCAUUCAUCAAACCGUCCCGACGACGAUCCACGAAGUUCAGACGAUUCACCAGACCGUGCCCGUCCAUGUAACUGUCCCGACGACGAUCAAAGAGACCAUCCACGUCACGGCACCGCCACAGAUCGUCAAGGAAACCGUCCACGUCACGGCCACCAUCACGACAGAACGCGUCAAGACGGAGAGGGUGGUCGAGACGCAGCCGCCGGUCCACGUCACCGUCACCCAGACCGAGGAAAAGAAGGUUGUCCACACGGCGGUCGUGACCCAGUCCGUGCCCGUGACUGUGGUCAAGACGGAGAAGCAGGAGGUUCUCAAGACCAUCAUCCAGACGCAGUCCGUCCCCGUCACCCACGUCCAGACGCAGAUCCACACCCAGACGCUGGUGCACACCAAGGUCGAGACGCAGCGUGAGGUCCAGACCCAGACCGUCGUCCACACCAAGAUCGAGACCAAGAGGGAGGUCCAGACCGUGCCCGUCACCCACACCCAGACCCAGACCCAGAUCCAGACGCAAGUCCACACCGUCCCCGUCACCCACGUCGUCACGCAGGAGCGCGUCGUCUCCGUCCCCGUGACGGUCCCCGUCACCAAGGAGAGAGUCGUCACCCAGGACAGGCCGGUGACGGUGCCGGUGACGGUGCCGGUCCACAUCACAAAGGUCGAGGAGAGGGUCGUCACCCAGACGCACGUCGUGACCUCGGUUCAGCAGGCGGCCCCCGUCCACGUCACCCAGAUCGUGACGAAGGAGCUGCCGCCCGUCACCCGCGAGGUCACCAGGGUCUCGCACCAGCUCGUCACGACGACACACCUCCAGACGGUGGUGCAGACGAGCGUCAACAACGUCCGGGAGACGGUGCACGUCACGCUGCCUCCCCACACCGUCAGGGAGACCGUCCACGUUACCUUGCCGCCCCAGGUUGUGAAGGAGACGAUCCAUGUGACGCAGCCGCCUCAGGUCGUCAAGGAGACGGUUCACGUUACUCAACCACCCCAGAUCGUCAAAGAGACCGUCCACAUCACUCAGCCUCCCCAAGUUGUCAAGGAGACGGUCCACGUCACACAGCCUCCGCAGACAGUUCACGUAACCCAACCGCCUCAGGUCAUCCAUGAGACAGUCCACAUCACUCAGACAGUAAGCCACUGCGCCACGACCGUGGCAGCCCCCGUCCUGGGCCAUGAGCCCUCUCCUCCACCCGCAGCCCACCCGCCAGCGGCGUCACUGCCGCCUCCCGCUCACGAGGUUACCCCGCCGGCGCACCAGACAAUGGCGCCGGUAAACCCUCACGAGCCCGCUCCUCCGGCCCAUACCCCCCCACCAGCGGAGCACGUCCCCGCUCCGGCACCUCCGGCCCACGAGGCACCGGUCUCGGUGGCCCCUCCGGCACAUCUUCAGCCUCCCCCGGCAAUGGCUGUCCCUGUACAUAUGAUGCCUCCCGCGGAGGCAGCGCCCCCCGUACACCCGGCCCCGCCGGCCGAAGCGGCUCCUCCCGCUCACCAGGCGCCGCCUGCAGAGGUGAUGCCCGUGCACACACCUCCCGCCGAGGCCGCACCCGUCCACCCACCCGCUGAGGCGCCGGCCCACCCCAUGAGAAUGAGGUUCAUGCGGCGGACGUGA